UAACAAACACUUAUACCGCAUAAGCUUUAAAAUCAGCAUUUAUUUUUGCAUAUUCUAUAAGUUUUCGAUUGAAUUAAUCCUCCAAAUAUGUUGAUCAAAGUUAAGACGCUUACAGGCAAGGAGAUCGAGAUUGAUAUUGAGCCGACAGAUAAAGUGGAGAGGAUUAAAGAGAGAGUGGAAGAGAAAGAAGGCAUACCACCGCAGCAACAACGCCUUAUAUUUUCCGGCAAACAAAUGAACGAUGAAAAAACGGCCCAGGACUACAAAGUGCAAGGCGGCUCGGUUCUCCACUUGGUGUUGGCGCUGCGAGGAGGGGAGUGAAGGCUUGUGAUACUUUUCUCAUAUUUAUAACUCUUAAUUUUAUGUUACAUUUCUUGUAUAAAGUAAAUAUGAUUUCAUAACAAAA